AUGCGUUUUAAGACGGGUAUUUCGAAUAUUUCAAUGUUUAUACGUCUUGUUCAGUCCCUUGAACGAGUUGGACGGAUUUGCUGGUUAAAGUUGACUCCAGAGACAGUGCAUUUUGUUAUUGUUCCAGAUCAUACUGGCACACAAGUCUGGGCUAUUUUGGAAGUUAAGUCAAUAUUUCAAGAUUAUCUUGUGCAGUCAAAUACAAAUAAUAUAAUUAAUCUUGAGGUUCCUAUUGAUCAUUUGCAUAAAGCUCUUAAGUCUUCUGUUAACGCUUCAGAGAUUGUUUUGAGAUUGACAAAACAUGAUCAUUUUCCUAUGCUCUCAUGUUCCAUUUCACUUUUGGGAAAGUCUGGUGGCAUGAGUGCUGUUACUCAUAAUAUUCAUGUUAGGGUUUUAUCGCCUUUGAUGCAAUUGUUUGAGCCUGUUGUUCCAGAACCAGAUUGUCAUAUUAUUUUACCAUCCCUAUCUCAAUUGCGCUAUAUAUCAGAAAGAUUUAGAGCGAUUAGCAAUAAGAUCUUUUUGAAGGCAAAUAUGUCUGGUGAAUUUCAAAUUGGUGUUGUUUCUGAUUCAUGUAAAAUUGAGACAAAGUUUAAAGAUUUGAUUAAUCCUGAACUGGAUCCCUGUGCUGUUAAAGAUAUUUCUAAGCAUCCGAGUCAAAUUAGGGAUAAAAAGGCGUUUGUUACGGUGAAGGUAUCUGUGAAGGAUUGGCUUAAUCUUCUACAAGUACAUAUUGUUGCAAAAAGAGUUAUUGCUUGUUUCUGUGAGGGGCAUGCUUUGGUUCUUUAUGUCUAUAUUAUGGAGCCAGAAGAGGAAAGUUCUGCUGUUUUGACGUAUUAUAUUAGUACUUAUAUUGAAUGA